AUAUAGUUAAUUUUCUCAUUGAAAUUUUCCAAAGAAGCCCAACAGUUCUCUUCUUUUUCAUUUUUGCACUCAUCUACUUCUGGAAGAAGUUGCCAAAAUUUUCACCCCGCUUAAAUUUCAAUCAGUGUAUGAUAGUUAGUAGGAGAAAUGCUGAGCAAUGAAGUUGCAGCACUGCUGCGCAAACGCCGUUAUUCUCCUGGAAAACGAAAACCAAAGUUUUUCAAGAAAAUAGUUAAAUUGAAAUCAAAAAGGAGAAACAAAAAGGCAAUGGUAGUUGUUAACGAAGAUAAAGAAGAAGAAGAAGAAGAAGAGGAGGAGGAAGGGGUUAGUCCACUUGUGAAGAAGUAUUGGUUCCAAAGAUAUGAUCUUUUUUGGAGAUAUGACCAAGGCAUUAAGAUGGAUGAAGAAGGUUGGUUUUCCGUUACGCCUGAGCAGAUUGCCGUCAGGCAUGCCCUCCGUUGUGGUGGCGGUGUUGUCAUUGAUGGUUUUGCUGGAGUUGGUGGCAAUGCUAUCCAAUUUGCAACUAUGUGUCAUCACGUCAUUGCUAUUGAUAUUGACCCUAGAAAGAUUGCAUUGGCUUUCGAAAAUGCAAAGAUAUAUGGUGUUGAAGGUCAUAUUGAAUUCAUUGUUGGAGACUUUUUCCAACUGGCACCGUCCUUGAAGGGGAAUGUAGUAUUUCUUUCACCACCAUGGGGCGGUCCAGAAUACAGGUCAAAGGAAUCUUUUACCCUUGACUUGCUGAAGCCAAAAAAUGGUUAUUCGUUGUUUCAAGUUGCUCAAAGCAUAGCGCCAAAUGUCAUUAUGUACUUGCCUCGUAAUGUUGACUUACUGCAAGUUGAAGAGCUUUCUUGGUUGUCUUCUCCACCCUUGAAAGUUGAGAUUGAAGAGAAUAUGCUUCAUGGAAGGUUGAAGAGCAUAACAGCUUAUUUUGGUGACAUUGCAUUCUCAGACAUCAGCAUGUUCUAACUCUAACCGGAGUCUAACAAUGUUCCUUGUACUUCCAUGUAUCUUUUUAUCCAUCAAAGUGUCUGUCAAUAGAAGCAUAUGUACCGAUGAAAACAAAAGUAGAACAGUAUGUACAUAUGAAUACUAGUGAGCUCUAGUUGUCCCUGUUACGAUGGUUUAACACCGUAUAUGGCCAAGUGCAAAUUGUUGAGCUGAUUAAUGAAGAUGAGACUAGAGAUUUUCUGCAUGGAAAUUCGCUGAUUAAUGAAGACAAAACUGCAGAUUUGCUUUUUCAUGAUCCAA